CGGCCUGGCGCAGUGCGCACGCGCGCGGGUGGGCGGGUUUGACUGGCUGUAGAGUCUGCGCAGUUGGUGAAUGGCGUUGGUGGCGGGAAAGUUGAGUCUCUCCUGCGCCGAGCCUUCGGGGCGAUGUGUAGUGCCUUCCAUAGGGCUGAGUCUGGGACCGAGCUCCUUGCCCGACUUGAAGGUAGAAGUUCCUUGAAAGAAAUAGAACCAAAUCUGUUUGCUGAUGAAGAUUCACCUGUGCAUGGUGAUAUUCUUGAAUUUCAUGGCCCAGAAGGAACAGGAAAAACAGAAAUGCUUUAUCACCUAACAGCACGAUGUAUACUUCCCAAAUCAGAAGGUGGCCUGGAAGUAGAAGUCUUAUUUAUUGAUACAGAUUACCACUUUGAUAUGCUCCGGCUAGUUACAAUUCUUGAGCACAGACUAUCCCAAAGCUCUGAAGAAAUAAUCAAAUACUGCCUGGGAAGAUUUUUUUUGGUGUACUGCAGUAGUAGCACCCACUUACUUCUUACACUUUACUCACUAGAAAGUAUGUUUUGUAGUCACCCAUCUCUCUGCCUUUUGAUUUUGGAUAGCCUGUCAGCUUUUUACUGGAUAGACCGCGUCAAUGGAGGAGAAAGUGUGAACUUACAGGAGUCUACUCUGAGGAAAUGUUCUCAGUGCUUAGAGAAGCUUGUAAACGACUAUCGCCUGGUUCUUUUUGCAACGACACAAACUAUAAUGCAGAAAGCCUCGAACUCAUCAGAAGAACCUUCUCAUGCCUCUCCACGACUGUGUGAUGUGGACAUAGACUACAGACCUUAUCUCUGUAAGGCAUGGCAGCAACUGGUGAAGCACAGGAUGUUUUUCUCCAAACAAGAUGAUUCUCAAAGCAGCAACCAAUUUUCAUUAGUUUCACGUUGUUUAAAAAGUAACAGUUUAAAAAAACAUUUUUUUAUUAUUGGAGAAAGUGGGGUUGAAUUUUGUUGAUAUACAUCAUAAAAUAGUCUUUUGCAGGGUACUACGCAAGCCUUAAAAUUUUUCUUAAGACAGAGUCUUGCUCUGUCUCCCAGGCUGGAGUGCAGUGGCACAAUCAUGGCUCACUGCAGCCUUGAACUCCUGGCCUCAAGGGAUCCUCCUAUGUGUGCCUCCUAGAGUGCAGGGAUUACAGGCGUGAGCCACUGCUCGUGGCCAAAAGUUUUCUUUCUUUUUUUUUUUCUUUUUGAAACAGUCUUACUCUGUCUCCCAGGCUGGAGUGCAGUGGCACAAUCUCGGCCCGCUGCAGCCUCCGCCUCCUGGGUUCAAGUGAUUCUUCCACCUCAGCCUCCCAGGUAGCUGGGAUUACAGGCACCCACCACCACGCCUGGCUAAUUUUUGUAUUUUUAAUAGAGAUGGGGGUUUCACCAUGUUGGCCAGGCUGGUCUCGAACUCCGGACCUCAAGUGAUCCACCCACCUCGGCCUCCCAAAGUGCUGGGAUUACAGGCCCGUGCCCAGCCCUAAAGUUUUAAACUCUAGGGGAAUUAACAGUAUUUCUUUACAGAAUGGAUUUGUUAAACUAGCACAGUAAAAGUAAAGACUAUUCUGUUUCUAGGCUGUUGAAUCAAAGUGAUUUUAGCAAUUAAACUUUGUAUUAAGCUUGCUUUAAAAGGAAAUAAAUAAUAUAUACAUAUAUCUGCCUAAAUAAAAUGGACAUGUAUAA